AUGCCAAGGAGGUGUAUUGUUGCUGGGUGCAGUAACACCCACAAGGACGGGGUUACGACUCAUUUGUGGCCCAAAGACGACAAACUAGCUUUGAAGUGGGACCAGUUUGUCCGGUUGACGCGAGCGGAUUGGAUUAAGGGAACCGCGGCCACUACUGUAUGCGGUGCUCAUUUCACCCCGGAGGACUUCGAUGGCUAUAAUCAGUGGAAGGCAGGAUUCGGAAUGAGACUCCGACUGAAACCAUGUGCUGUGCCGACCGUGAAUGUGAAGCCUGCCAUUGCAACCUCUGUUUCUGACCGACCUAACGUUACGUCAAAAACGUCAUCCGUGAUGAAGAUAAACCGGGUAAAUUCAAUGUGGUAAACUUCUAAUAUAGUUAGCGACACUUGACUAAUGUAGCUACGUAUUUUGCCAACCACCAUUUAAAAUUGUAUUUCAUUUUGUAAAUGUAUUCACCCCUGUCCAGUUGGUGGCAAUAAUACAUAUAUUUCCGUGAAGUUCGCCAUAAAAUAUCACCGAAGAAGAACUGCUUUCAUCUGUUCUUUAACUUUAGGCAAUGACGAGCAAAAAAAGCAAGAGAGAUUGUGCAGUAGUUGGCUGCAAGGCAGCAAAUGUUUCUUUGCACGGUCUUCCAAACGAACAGUCACUUCGUCUGAUUUGGCUUCGAUUUAUUUUUAAUAAUCAAGUGCCAGAGAAGUUAAGUCCGAACCUGCGCAUAUGCACAGGACACUUCACAUCGGACUGCAUUACAAAUCUGACUAGGUACACAAGUGGAUUUGCCAAUAGUUUGAUCCUCCGUCAAGGUUCUGUCCCAUCCAUCUUGCACCCGGCAGCAGCAACCAUUCAAGAAGUAGGUGUCUAGGUUAGAUAGUUGUUGUUCUAUUAUUACAAGUAAAGGACAUGCUAUAGCUUGUGAUUCAGCUGCUAGCUAGCUAACGUUAGCUUAGCUGCACUUGACGUGGUGGUCCAUCAACACAAUCAAUCAUAGUCUUUGCCAGCAGCAAUCGUGAAAGAGUCCUAAAACAAUGUUGACAGGGGGUUAUUGCUAACUGGCUUAGGCAUCUACCGUCACUACAGGUAAUGUUAACUAGCUUAGGUAUUUACCGUUGUCGGUACUACAAUAACCUCACCGGCCAGUUUAUUAUGUACACCCAUCUAGUACCAGGUCGGACCCACUUUUGCCUCCAGAACAGCUUGAAUUCUUAGGGGCAUUCUACAAGGGGUCGGAAACGUUCCACAGUGAUGUUGGUCCAUGCUGAAGCAAUGGCAUCACGCAGUUGCUGCAGAUUGGACGGCGGUACACUCAUGCUGCGAACAGCCCAUUCCAUCUCAUCCCAGAGAUGCUCUAUUGGGUUGAGGUCUGGGGACUGCGCAGGCCACUCAAGUAAACUGAUUUCGCUGUCAUGAUCCAGGCGAUGUUUUUCCACUCCUCAAAUGUCCAGUGUUGGUGAUCGGGUGCCCACUGGAGCCGCUUCUUCUUGUUUUUAUCUGAUAGGAGUGGAACCCGGGGUGGUCGUCUGCAGCAACAGCCCAUCUGUGACAAGGAUCGACGAGUUGUGUGUUCCGAGAUGCCGUUCUGCACACCACUGUUGUACUGCGCUGCUAUUUGUCUGUUUGUGGCCCGCCUGUUAGCUUGCACGAUUCUUGCCAUUCUCCUUCGACCUCUCUCAUCAACGAGCUGUUUUCACCCACAGGACUGCCGCUGACUGGAUGUUUUUUGUUUGUCGCAACAUUCUUGGUAAACCCUAGACACUGUCGUGCAUGAAAAGCCUAGGAGGGCAGCCGUUUCUGAGAUACUGGAUCCGGUGUGCCUGGCACCAACGAUCAUACCACGCUCAAAGUCGCUUAGGUCACUCGUUUUGCCCAUUCCAACGUUCAAUCCAACAGUAACUGAAUGCCUCGAUGACUGUCUACCUUAUUUAUAUAACAAGCUACGGCCACAUGACUCACUGUAGGUGCGAUCCAUUUUCAUGAACGGGGUGGUGUACCUAAUAAACUGGCCGGUGAGUGUAUAUUGGAGACAGAGGGUAAGUGAAUUUGAUUAUUUGAAAACAAACAUAUCAAAUACACUCUGUUACAGACAUGCAUUCUGAAGAAUCAUGUAAACAGUAGCCACUCCACCAUGUUGCAAUAGAGAGCAAUAGUAAUUACGUAUUUUUGUAGGCACUAACUCCGCCAUGGGUCGUUGGCCAAAGCCUGUGGGGAAAUGAAUGGGGUUUUUGGAUAAAUGCCAAAAAUAAGGUCUGUGGUAAACACAAGCUUAGGAUAUCUUAUACGUUUUGUUCUAUGAGAUAAUCUUAAUCAGCUAAUGUCACUAUGUGAAUUUUAAAGCAUUUAUGGCAUUUUUUUAAAAGCUCAAACGCUUCAUAAAGGUCAUGUUAACUGACAGAUAUUGUCUCAUAGAACAAAACCUUUUAAGAUCUAAGCCUGUGUUAACCUCAGACCUUAUUUCCGGCGUUUAUCCCAAAACCCCAUAGGAAUGGCUGAAUGAACCAGAGGUAACUCAUUUCCGGUUUUUAGGACUACAAGCUGGCCAGCUCUAUUAUUAUAUAUUUUUUUUAACCUUGAUAUUUUACUAGUUGACUGGACACGUUCUCAUUUACAGCAACGACCUGGGGAAUAGUUAAAGGGAUGAAUGAGCCAAUUGGAAGCUGGGGAUGAUUAGGUGGCCAUGAUGGCCAGAUUGUGAAUUUAACCAGGACACCAGGGUUAACACUCUUACGAUAAGUGCCAUGGGAUCUUUAGUGACCACAGAGAGUCAGGUCAUCCGAAAGACAGCACCCUACACAGGGCAAUGUCCCCAAUCACUGCCCUGGGGCAUUGGGAUAUUUUUUAAGACCAGAGGAAAGAGUCCUACUGGCCAUCCAACACCACUUCCAGCAGCAUCUGGUCUCCCAUCCAGGGACUGACCAGGACCAACCCUGCUUAGCUUCAGAGGCCAGCCACGAGUGGGAUGCAGGGUGGUAUGCUGCUGGCUCUAUAUGGUCUGGCUCCAGCAGAUACCUUCUCAGGACACAGAUGCUGUGAGACAUACGAGCUCAGACAGGUCUAAUGUUGCCAGCAUAGGCGGCGCAUGAGUUUCAAGUUUGGGGAAGCUAAUUUUCACCACCAAAAUGCACCUUUAUAAUAAAGUAUUCCAUGCAUCAUCGCAUUUGCAGACUUAUGUAAGAUAGCCUACUAUUCGUAAUGUGAUGAUUAGAUUGGAUAGUCAUAAUUUAGGCUAAUCGUAUAAUUCAAUCACUGUUCGCAAAAAAGACAGUUCAAUGCAUGGCUGAGCACAUACAGCGUACAGUAGGCCUAGGCUAUAUCAGAUACAUUUCUUCUUUCUUUGCACAGGAAAGAAUGUGGCUUAGAUUAGCAGAAUCUUUUUUAAUACGACAAAUGACAGGGUAGCCUACUCUGCUGAUGCUGACAAACAUGUUCAAUAAAAACAACGUUGUCCAUAUAAUAAGCCUACGAGAAGGGGAGACACAAAUAGAACAUGAGGUCCAUCUAACCUGGAGGAGGAAAUUAGACCUAUUGUCCAAAAACAAACUUUAAGUGGCACUGACCCAACACUGAUAAAUAGUGUAUAUGUGAGGUACCACUCACUGGGGAUAUGGCCGCUGCUCUCCGCUGGUGCCAAUAAGAUAGUCUAUACUGUUGUUCGCUCAACUAAGUUGAUAGCCUAACUAAAAGACAAUCUGUUCAUCUUCUUCUCGUUACAGCGAUAACCAUUUUGCUCUCUAAACUACAUUGUGUUUUGAAUUAUUGCGAUAUACCUGGCUGGGCCUCUACUUUGCACUGACAGUCGCAACUCAACAAUCAUCUACACUGAACAAAAAUAUAAACGCAACAUGUAAAGUGUUGGUCCCAUGUUUCAUGAGCUGAAAUAAAAGAUCCCAGAAAAUGUUCUCUCAAAUUUUGUGCACAAAUUUGUUUACAUCCCUGUUAGUGAACAUUUCUCCUUUGCCAAGAUAAUCCAUCCACCUGACAGGUGUGGCAUAUCAAGAAGCUGAUAAGCCGAUAAGAUGUUUGCGUUGUUUUGUUUAGGUGGAAAAAGUGACGUUGGGCGUGACGACAAAAGAUGAGGGAUGUCAAUAUGAAACACCAGCAUGCAACAUUAUAGCACCACCACCUCCAAGAUGUGUUCUGGUAAAACACCACGUGUCAACACAGUCUUAUUACUACAGAGAAGAAAAGAGAAACAAAGGUGAUAUGGCUUGUAUCUUUUUGUAGAAUCAUUUCCUCCUUUUCAAUUACAGCUGGAUUGAAUUGUUGUUUAACAUGCUACUGUAUUGUUUUGAUUUACAGCCGUCCAAGUGUGGCCAAUACGGAAGAAUGUCGGAGUCAAUACUUCAUUUACGGAGGACAUACCACGAAAGGAAGUGAACCGGUAUAUACAUUUAGUUUUGUUAAAGUAGCCUGUGGGGAACUAUUGUAAAUUAAUUGGCUAAUGACUGUUGGGCCCAUAGCCUAAGUAAUCUCUGACCACCUGUCCUCCUAAUCUACGAGCGACUAUUCAACUGAAAAAUUGUCAUACAAAUAUGCAUAAUUACUUUUGACCUGUCUCACCAUCUGGCCUGCUUGCGAAGCCUGAUCUGUGGUAGCCUGUGAUUAUAAAUUAAUCCAUCAUGUUCUUCCAGUUUACACUCUGUUGCGGUGUACAUGGCCAGGAAGUACGUGGUCUACGAAGACUGCCUCCUUCCGUUGUUCAAGACUUGUCCGGUCUGUCGCGGCUCCUGCAGCAUCGACAAGUUCAUCCAAGACACCCUGCUCACCAUCAACCAGUUCUGCAACCACUGUGACCACCGGAGCCAAUGGAAGAGCCAGCCCUUUAACCUCCCAGCUAGAUACCUGUCCUCUUCAGCAGCCACAUCAUCGACUGGCAACAACUGGCACUACUGGCACAUCCACCGAUGCUCUGACUGACUCCUCAACUGGCCCAUCAACUGGCACCUUCGAUUCUCAGACCCUGAAGGUAGCCUAUAUAAUUCUUCACUAUACAAUGCAUUGAUACAAAAUACACACAAGCCAUAAAAACAACCCACUUUUUAAUGGGGAGGUGUUAGUCAAGUUAACCGUUAACUACAAUUGUCAUCAGCCAUGGCUACCUCAUUUGAACUAAGUGAAGUCAGGAGGUUGGUAGUGUUCUUGUUCAUAAACAAAAUAGGUUGAGAUGCAUUUGUAGAAUAUUUAAUAUUUGGGGAGGUUUGGUGGGGGGGGGGGGGGGGUCUUCAUUGUGGUACUGUCUAGCCAGUAGUUAAGUGUAACUAUUGGUAGAGGAGUUGCUCAUUAUUGUUCAUUGUCUUUGUAGACAGCGGAGGACAGUGAUCUUCUGUUGGAGAAUUACGAUGGCGAUAUCUGCAACAAGGGUCUGGAGGACAUUCAAACCCUGGUGUUUGAGACAACUUUUCGUAUGGGUGAUGACUCCCAUGACGACAAAGCCAUUAAGAAGAAACGUCAACGUCAGUCCUUGGAGGAGGAACAGGAAGAGGAGGAGGAACAGGAAGAGGAGGAACAGGAAGCGGAGGAAAUGAGUGAGGAGGAGGAGACUAGGGAGGAGGAGAACUCCGAUGUGGAGUGGGAACCUGAGGUUGAGUUAAGUGACCUUCUAGCCUCCGAUUCCGAAUGGGAUUCCCGGGCGCUCUGCCCGGAUUGUGGCACGUUUAUCAAAGGCUCCAAGGCUCACGUCUGCGAGCAUGCCAAGCCAUUUGUCUGCCAGGACUGUGGCAAGCGGUUCGUUAACGAGACCUCUCUCAACAUUCACCAAAGAAUCCACAAGCCAGGCUACGUGCACGGGUGCAAGUACUGCCUCAAGCCGUUCCAGAGCAGGCCGGAGAAGCUGAGGCAUGAGGAGAGCCACCCGCGUGUAGAAAAGCCCUACGAAUGCCCCGACUGCCCCAUACGAUUCAGCGACAUUAAAGCCCGGGACGGCCACCUUCAAAGCCACAGAGGGCCCACAUGGUACAUUUGCGACAUCUGCAAAAUGGAGUUCACGGGGAGUAGCUACCUGGAAAGACACAUGCUAGUCCACAGCGGGGAGAAGCCCUACACAUGCCCCGAGUGCCAGCGCUCCUUCAACCAGGCGAGCCACCUCAAGUCUCACAUGCGCGUCCACACUGGCGAGCGGCCCUACAAGUGCCGGCAUUGUGACAAGUCCUUCAACCACAAUGUGAGUCUGAAAAGCCACGUCCAGCGCUACCAUCCGGACCCUGCCUCUGGGACCAAGGAGAAGAAAGAGGGACAGGAGCCAGUCUCAAACUCAGAGACUCCGACUGAACAACAGGUAGUGAUCGAGGAGAGUCGACAGACUGAACAACAGGUAGUGAUCGAGGAGAGUCGACAGACAAAUGCAGGGACCGGGCAGAAACGAGUGAAGAGGGCAGGGAGGAAGAGGAAACGUCCGACCUUUGACCCUGAGGAGUUGGGGGAGUGUGAGCGUAACAGUGACUCCGACUUCAACCCAGAAGAGGAGGAGAGUGAGAGCAACAGUGACUCUGACUUCAAACCAGGGGCAGAAGAGAGCGGGAGCAACAAGAAGACUACAGGCAGACCAAUAGGCAGGCCGAGAAGAAGACCAGGGACCACCAGAGAGAUGUAUACAGGAAGUGUGAAUGAAGAGCAUGAUGGAUCCAACCUGAAUGAACAAUGGGAGGAGGAAGAGGAGGACAGGGGGACCAAAAUGAAGGCCACAAGCAGGGGGAGAGGAAGAGGGAGAGGCAGGGGGAGAGGUAGACCAAGAACCAUUGGAGAGAUGCAUGAGGGAACUGCUUGUGAAGAGCGUGAUGGAUCAAACCUGAAUGAACAAGUACCAUCAAUAGAGACUGCUCUUUCUGAACUUUUUGAGAGUUGUUGGCCAAUUCAAAAUGUAGAUGAGGCCUUUGACCCUGAGGUACACUAACUGCUAGUUACUGAGGAGUUGUCCCGUUUCAGUUCUUUCCCCCUAUAUUUUCUAUAUUUUUUUACACGUUGAAGAAAAUGAAAAAUACUGUUAUGAAGCGACACAAACGUUCAUAAGGUUCAAGAUCUUACUCUAAAGAGUAACUCUGUGUUGUUGUUUUUA